AUGAGGGAUGUCGUCCUGUUGCACGUCGGGGAGAAGCUGCCAGGCGGUGUCCAAAGUUUCCCAGACUUCGGAGACAUCAGCGUCAACCCUUUCCCAGGAGGCCCUGAAAGGGAAGGUGGGGAUUCUAGGGGCGAUCUAAAGGAAACGCCCUGCUGUUGCGAGGUGUCGGAGCUACGCUCAGCCUUGGCGGCCGUGAAUGGCGAGAUGGAGAGGUGUGUCCAGGCACAGCUCAAGGAGCUGGACCAGGCUUGGCCAGUGUUUUGGGAAGAAGCCCUGCCAAUCAUAGUGCCACUGUGUUCCAGCAGCUACCCAGGGGGGUGGUUCGUUUUUAUCCGUUUUUGGGCCGUUUUGUCUGAGGCAUUUGCGGACCGCUUCACGAUGCUGGAGUCCAAGAUCUCCGCGCGCCUGGAAGCUUCGGAGCAAUCGGCCUUGCAGGACGUAGAGGAGCGAGGCCCAAAGAUGGAAGUUUAG